AUGGAUAUUACUGGAAAUGCAUUCAUUGUUGGGGGCAGCGGUAUAGGAAGAGCUUGCGCCCUUGGCCUGGCCAAAGAUGGCGCCGCCGGUAUCCUUAUCGCGGACAUGAACGUUGAAGCUGCGGGCCGGGUCAUUGCGGAAUGCAAAGCCGCUACCAGCUUCAUGGUUCAGACCUUUGAAAGGAUUGACUACUGCAUCAACUGCGCAGGGAUUGGCGUUCAGAUGCCCCUCAACAUAGCAGAGGCAGACCUGGGCGAGUUCAGCCGCUUUCUGCGAAUCCACGUGGAGGGGACCUUUUUACUGGUGCGCAGCGUCUCUGCCGUGAUGCAGCGCCAGGAAUUGAAGCCCAUCGACGCCGCAAACCCGGCCCGAGGAGGGACUCGCGGCUCGAUUGUGACGCUGGGCUCGGGGAAUUCCUUCGCAGCCACGCCUCACCUGGUGCAGUACACGGCCGCCAAGCACGCGGUUCUGGGUGUCACCAAGAACGCCGCUCUCGACAACGCUCCCUACGGAAUCAGGGUCAACUGCGUCUGUCCCACGUGGGUGGAAACCCCCAUGAUCCAAAGCGCGCGGGACGGCGGCAUGGACAUUGACAGCUGGGUCAACAAGGUGGUGCCUCUGGGCCGGAUCGCUACGGCGGAGGAGGUGGCGGAUACCGUCAUCUUCCUCAGCAGCCCGAGAGCCAGCUACGUGACGGGAUCCGGAUUCAUCAUCGAUGGAGGCACCACGCUUACCUGCCAUGCGUAG